AUGCCUUCUACUGUGACGUUCGCACGGAGCUGGCCUCCUGCGCCCCUUGUUGAGGAUGAAAGUGAAUCGCUUCUACAUGAAAUUUUUGAAGAUGGUUCAGCGGUUAGCCUUUGUUGUGAUGACAUCCAAGUGCGGUCUAAAGGGUCCAUUGAUCAAUAUCCCGUCAUCAUGCCCGCGGAAGCACCGGAUCCAAAGGUCAAACCAGCUCACAGCAAAUGUCGUGAUGCCAAUAUGAAACAUGCCCACACAACUACUGAGCCCUCCAAGACCCCCCCCAGAGGAAUCACAUCGACUGCCGGUCAGUCCAGGAAAAGACAGAAUAAAGUGCGCUUUGCGGAGUCGCAACAAGAACAGUCACAGAAUGGCCAGCCCGAGUUGGAUUCAUCCCCUUCGCAGGCCAUUGGAUUUCCGAUUGAUAUCCAGGACGGUGUUGAAUACUUACCCGAGCCCUCUGAUUAUCCGCAAGUUCCAACUGACAGUCAGGAUUACGAAACGUUCAGUUGUCGACAAUAUGAGAGAGACCAAUGCCUCCCAGAUUUUCGAAGACGCGCUCGUCAUUCCGAUGAAUACACCGACCCCAACGAUGCGCAAUAUACGGGCCGAAGAGUGAGCUGGAACACUUGGGAGAGGGAACCAGAGAGCGAUAUUACAUGGAAAAAGGAGAAAACAUAUGAGUGGCAUAGCGAUGAUGAAAUUGCGUCUUGUUGUGGAACGCAUUACACUCAAUCUAGAGAGUCGCGUCGGAUCGUGACGGAAACAAUUUCGACGGAAGUUUCACCUGUUAGAUCUUCGCCAACACAAAUUAGAGGGCGGACACGAGAUCACAGUAGAGAUCGGUAUGGGAAUCAAGAGUCAAAUGUUAGUAUCGCUGCCCCUACUCGUCACCGAAGUUCUAUCAGGCAGUAUGAGGAUCUGCCACUCUACUCCCAACGGGGGAAUGCCGCUCAGGAGCCUUUGAAGACGGAGCGAUCUCGAAGUCGAACCUCUCGGUAUGAUUCCGAGACUCCCUAUUCAGCAAAUGACAAUAUAUCCGCUCGAUCACCGGCCGUAGUGACUUUGUGUUCUCCUUCCCGACCCAGAGCUUCAACAGUUUCAGCAACCAAUUCUGCUUGGCGCCCCAUGGACAGUUCGAACUUUUUACUCUCGCCCUGUCCAAGAUCCAUUCCAAUGGCGGGCUACCGUGACUGGUACACUAUCAGCAGUAUGGGCCACCUUGAUCUCUGCCCUUCAUGCGCAAACCAAAUACGGGCCACUCGUUUCCGGGACCUGCUUAUGCUAAGCCCUCCCAAACGUCCCAGUACGAAAGUCUCUUGCUCUCUCGGUGAGCCUUGGCCUCGGCUAGCUUUUGUGCAAACCAUGAAAUCUGGCCUGAACCACCUUGAGCUUUUGUACCAGAUUACGCGACCACCCUUUGGUGGGAAACCCUGCACUGGUCGAGACCCAUCCUUGCAAGCCUGGUAUCGCGUUUCAAACCCCAAUACGAGGCGAGACUUUCCUGAUUUUAAGGCGUGCUCUGCUUGUGUUCGCAACUUAUCUAUCAUCAUGCCUUCCCUCAGCAACUCAUUUAGAUCUGGCUUGGCCCUUCAGGAAGGCAUUUGUGAUCUCCGUGUUGAUAGUACCCGGUUCAUUUCAUACCUUGACUUACUCGACGCUGCUGUUACUCGAAGCCUUCGGGAGCGUCGGAAUGAUAUUGAUAUGAGCGAUUUCAUCAGCUAUGCCCAAAGGAAGAGCAGAAUUUACCCCUGUCAACGGGAUCACCUUGUCGAAGGAAAGUGGCACUACAUGCCAGAAUUGCCAGAAUUUACUAUAUGCGAGGAUUGUUACGACGAUAUUGUCUGGCCAAUUGCGAAUAUGUCCGUUGCAAAGAAAAUCUCUCGCAAAUUGCGCUCGCUCCCAGGCUCGGGUUUGGUAAGGGGCAAAGAAAGGCAGGCCAGUUGCUACCUGUAUAGUCCGCGGAUGAGAGCUAUCUUCUGGGAUGCAGUUCGGUUUAGAGAAUUUGGCUACUUGAAAAAUGCAGUGUUGAGACGUUACGAUGCAGAGACUAAGUUCCGACAGAGAAAGACAAGGUUUUUUGAUGAUAUUGCACGUGGCUAUGAUCGCGAUAUGGAGUUAAGAAGAAAUGCAGAUGAAUGGAAGCGAGUUGCAUGA